GAGAUCAAGACAUGCAUGUUCCACAAACUGAGGCAGCCAGGCACCCCUAAGGUUCUGUCUUGUCACACACGCUGCACGUGUGGUUUCUGAGUCCCUGCAGCCAUGAGGCUGCAUGCCUAGAGCCGGCAAUGUGACUCACUGCGACUGGCAAUGGGAAGGGCUGAUGGCGUGAGUGUGCAAGGAAGAAAAGAGGAACAGAAAGGAGGGAAGGAAAGGACAACAGGGUUGAUAAGAGGAUGCCAUUUUCCCAGCUUUCUUGUGGCAUUUACUCAGGCCCGUGUUUGCAGGCACAUGUGCUCCUUUUUCCAGAAGCCCUGGGAUAAAAGAGUGUGAAAGGCUGCUGAGAAGCCUAUGAUCAAGUAUGAGGACAACCAGACCAUGGCUCACCAUCUGGAGGAUAAUGGCCGAUGAAGCUGGGAGGCAGGGACAAGCAAACUAUACCUCUGUGAGCUGUCACAGCACUGAAGCCUCUUGGACGCCUGGACCAUGGACCCCGGGGAAUGCACCUGCAUGUCUGGAGGAAUCUGCAUCUGUGGAGACAAUUGCAAAUGUACAACUUGCAACUGUAAAACAUGCCGAAAAAGCUGCUGUCCUUGCUGCCCCCCGGGCUGUGCCAAGUGUGCCCGGGGCUGCAUCUGCAAAGGGGGCUCGGAUAAGUGCAGCUGCUGCCCCUGAAACCCAUCUGUUGUGCUGGGGGCCGAGGCCCGGGAGGCAUCUGUACAGUGCCUUAGUUGAGAAGUUGGAAUUAUUGUACUAUAGGUUAUGCUUUUUAUAUAUUUGCUCAGAUGCGGUGUUGGUGAGCUUCAUGUAAAGUGCUGGAAAAAUAAAGGUCUCACUCAUGGUUGUCUGGUGGCUCAGAGCACUGUUUUCCCCUAAUCCAGCAGGACCAAGAAGGGCUGACACCAUUGCGUACGGGAAGAAAAUAUCUAGACAAAACCCAUAGAAGUUGUAAGAAGGACAGUUACGUCUGGCUGCAGGCAGAAAAGACUUCCUGGAGGAGGGGUCAUCGAAGCACUGUUUGUUGAGCACCUGGGACGUGUUCUGCAAUCUGCUUGAAGAAACUUCAGAAUGUUCACCAUAAGGAGUAAUAGUAUAGUUCACCAUAAGGAGUAAGGAGUAUGAUUAUUCGGCAGGGCGGGGGUCGUGGGGGCUAGGGAGGG